AUGGCUGGAGCUUUCAUGAAAGACGACGCCUCUGUCGAAGAUCUCUAUGCUCAAGACCCAACAGUCGUCCUCAACGGUACCCCAGACGAAGCCAACGGACCAACACCCUCACCAUUCCAACGCUACGGCCAACCAUUACCCGCAGAAUGGAUCCCCCUCUACAAGAAGCCCAUGCGAACACCCACGCGCAAGUUGCGUAUCGUCUGCAUAGGCGCGAGCGUAGCAGCGAUGAAUCUCGCCUACAAAGUCUACCACGAGCACGCCCUCUCCGGCCCCGGAUCAGCUGAUCUUAUCGACCUCUGCUUCUACGAUUCCAAUGAGUCCAUGGGAGGCACCUGGCUCGUGAACACUUACCCUGGUGUAGCGUGUGAUGUCCCGGCACAUAUCUACACGUUCCCGUUCGAACCUAACCCGGACUGGAGUGCUUUCUAUGCUUCUGGGGAGGAGAUCUUGGAGUACUUUUUGCGGACAGUGAAGAAGUAUGAUCUCGGUAGGGAUGUGAAUUGCGGACAUCGCGUGACCAGAGCGGUGUUCGACGAGCGGCAAGGGAAGUGGGAUUUGGAAGUCGAGACUCAAGGUGGCGUGGUAAAGGACAGUUGCGAUAUCCUCGUCUCUGCGCGAGGAUUCUUAUCCAAAUGGCGGUGGCCGGGUAUCCCGGGUCUCCACGACUUUCAAGGUCAUCUCUGCCACUCAGCAGUCUGGAAUAAAGCCUUCGACUGGACGGACAAACGCAUAGGCGUUGUAGGAAAUGGCAGUUCCGCUAUCCAGAUCCUCCCGCAAGUUGUAGAGAAAGCGGCACAGGUAACCAAUUUCAUCCGAUCACCUACAUACAUCACCCCCGGUCUGGGGUCUAGUAUCAUAGGCGGUCAAACACAAUACCACUACAGCGAAGAAGAAAAAGCGAGUUUUCGACAGGAUCCAGCCGGGUUGAAUAAGUAUCGUAAGAAGAUCCAGGCGGGCAGCAACAAGGCCUUCGACAUGUUCGUCAAGAACUCGGUCGCGCAAGAGGAAGGACGCAAAGCCACGGCGGAAAUGAUGAAGAAGAAACUCGGUGGCGAUGAGGACUUGGCGCGGAAACUGACGCCGGAGUAUGAAGUCGGAUGUCGACGUGCUACGCCUGGUCCUGGUUACCUUGAGGCUUUCACGAGGGAGAAUGUUAGUUUGGUUACGGAGAGUAUUGAACGGGUUGAAGCGAAGGGGAUAAGGACGACGGAUGGGAGGUUGUAUGAGUUCGAUGCUAUCGUCUGUGCGACGGGAUUCGACGUCUCGCAUCGUCCUCCCUACGAGCAGAUUGGAAGAAAUGGUGUUUCGUUGAGUGAGGCGUGGAAGGAGGAGCCGAUGGCUUAUUUGUCGCUUGCUGCGGCGGGAUUUCCGAAUUUCUUCAUGUUCUGUGGACCCAAUGCUCCCGUGGGACACGGUAGCCUCAUGGCGGGGUUGGGAUGGUCAGCAGAUUAUAUUUGUUCGUGGGCGUGGAAGAUGGCGGAGGAGGACAUUCUGUGGGUGGAUCCGAAGCCCGAGGUUGUCGAGGAGUUUAAUGCGUAUGCGGACGAGAUCAUGCAGACGCUGGUGUGGAGCGGCGGGUGUCAGAGUUGGUAUAAGGGGCAUCGGGUUGAUGGGAAGGUUACUGCUGUCUGGGCUGGGUCGGCGAUUGGCUUUCAUGAUAUGAUUGAGCAUAUCCGACCGGAGGAUUUCGAGAUAAGGUAUAGGAGUAAGAAUCGCUUCCGUUUCAUGGGGAACGGGAGGACGAAGAUGGAGUACGAUCCGAAGGCAGACUUGGCAUUCUAUUUACACAAGUGA